GCAUUUCAACAACCCGUGAGAUGUCCACGACCCGGAGAUUAAUGCUGCGGGGUGGCAUUGAAGCGGCUCUAGUGGUUCUAUAUGGCGCUCCGCAGUACAUCCUCCUAGGACGCGUCAUCCACGACGUCGAGCUCUUUCGCCUCACGUGCUCGACACUCGUCACGGCAGUGGCUUUCAUGUCAUCAUGGAACGCAGGCGUCAUUGCGUUUCUGCAUUGCAUGCUACACAUCUUCACAGCUCUCACCCUGGAUGGUUCAUGGAACAACUCCUCCGUUGUGUCUACCAUCAUCCUGAUCUUGCGGGUCUUCUCGUUCGAGCGGCUACUGUCCAUCGCACUCUUCCCACGCAUGUCCUACGAAGCCAAGCUUCGCGAGAACACGCUCAAGCUGCAGAAGUUCUUCCGCUUGCACGACCCGUCUCGGGUCAACGAAGCUGAGUCGUUGCUUCUCGGGUUUGUCGGCAACGAAUCGCUUCUGUUUGUGCAACUUCGUCAAAAAUACGCCGCCGUCUCUCAGUUCCGAGGUCGCGCAAGUUAAAUCUUGCACGAGCCACAACAUCGCACGACGGCCUUGUUAUGACGCAGCCAUGUCAUAAUCCAUGACAGAUACCACACCAUGUCACAUAGUCUUGGAAACGUCAUCGCCCGAUGCUCUGCGACGCUUCAGUUAGAUAAUAUUUCGUCACUACAGCACUACCAUUUAAUACUAGUACAACACAG